AUGGACUUGACGGGACCAGAGUCGAAAGUCGAAUUGCUCGCCGGCAUUACGGAGUUCAUUCGAAACUGUGCGAGGAUGAGCCCAUCAAAGAUGGACUUCAAAGUUGUGCCAACUCGCAACGUGGAGCGCUUGAAAUUUACAGAGUACCUUCACUUCUGCAAUCAUGAUGACGCCCUGCAGGAACAAGACCAGAGUCAGUCUAUCCGUAAGAAAGUGCUUUCUCUGGCUGCCGAUGACAGUGUACGGAGUAGGAGUUAUGAAACUAUGUGCCAUGGAAGUGGAUCUUCGCACCAUCCGACCAGAGCUAUUUGA